ACGACUACAUUUGAAGACACGACUUUUGUUCGCGAGCGGGUUUCGCGAAAAGCAAAUACAGACCGACCCCCCAGCCGUACUUAUCCACGAGUCCAUCCAUCCAACUGCACCCCUCUCCCACCCCACCUCACUCCCACUUCCAACAUGGGCUCAGUAGUGCUCCCGCACCUCCGCACGGGCUGGCACGUCGACCAAGCGAUCUUGUCCGAAGAAGACCGGCUCGUGGUGAUCCGCUUCGGGCGCGACCACGACCCGGACUGCAUGCGCCAAGACGAGGUCCUCUACAAGAUCGCCGACAAAGUCAAGAAUUUCGCCGUCAUCUACCUCUGCGAUUUGGACGAGGUGCCGGAUUUCAAGGCCAUGUACGAAUUGUACGAUGCGUGCACCGUCAUGUUUUUCUUUCGGAAUAAACAUAUGAUGUGUGAUUUCGGGACGGGAAAUAAUAACAAACUCAACUGGGUGCUGGAAGACAAGCAGGAACUCAUUGAUAUCAUCGAGACUAUCUACCGUGGAGCGAAGAAAGGACGUGGUUUGGUGGUUAGUCCGAAGGAUUACUCGACGAGGUACCGGUACUAAAGGGUCUUGGUAUGGCUUGUGUAUGUGUGUCGGCUUGUUUCGGGCCAGGGAACCCGGUGGAUUGGGUGGGAAUGUGUAUGUGGUGCUCGGUCGUCACC